GUCAGCACAUCAGACAUCAUAAAGAACCAUAAACCUCUCUUAGAGACAAAACACACAAACCUUCACUACAUUCAUAAUGGUAGAAACAGGUCUUCCAGCAGGGUGGGAGGUUCGCCACUCCAACUCCAAGAACCUCCCUUACUACUUCAAUCCGAGCACCAAGGAGUCCCGAUGGGAACCCCCCGCCGACACGAACACCGAGAAGCUCAAGCUAUACAUGGCCGACUAUCACAGCGGGCCUGCAGGACACGGGAUCGGCCAGGGUGAGGGAAAGAUCCGUUGCAGCCACCUCCUGGUGAAGCACCGGGAUAGCCGACGACCCAGCAGCUGGCGGGAGGCCGAGAUCACUCGGUCGAAAGAGGAGGCUAUUGAGAUCCUCCGCGGCCAUGAGCAGCGCAUCCAAUCGGGCGAAGCUACCUUGGGCGACAUCGCCAUGUCAGAGUCGGACUGCAGCAGCGCCCGCAAGCGGGGUGAUCUGGGAUUCUUUGGACGCGGGGAGAUGCAGAAGGAGUUCGAAGACGCUGCCUUCGCGCUGCAGCCGGGACAGGUCAGCGGUAUUGUUGAGACCGCGUCUGGCGUUCAUCUGAUCGAACGUGUCCAGUAAAGGCUUGGGGUUUAGCUCUUAUAGUUGGAAGAAUAUAUACCUCGCUUAUAACAUCAGAUGCCGCUUCAGAAUCAUAGUGACGAUUGCAUUAAGUGUUGAUUCUAAUCAGUAACACAACAUCCGGGUGAAGUUGAUAGAGGCCAUGGAGGAAAUACGGUUUGAGAAAAACAGGGCUUGUGCUGCCUAUGGCAAGGGUUUCUGCUCUCCCAUUACUUCCAGUAACACACCACACUUGUGAAUAAUUCACUUGAACCGAACGGGCCAUGAAGCUG